AUGAAUUUCAUGCAGGCUAUGAGAAGGGAUUCCGUGCCUCGUUUCUCGAGAGCGAUUCCACUCCGACCUUCUCGCCACGGACCGCCCAGGUCGUUAUCGAUAGGUGGCUUGACCGGCUGGUCCAAUGGUUAUCAAGCCAUCGGAGGAAGUCCUACAAGCGAUCGAACUCCACUUCUGAUAGAUCCUCCCGAGGAACCACCUCCUAGUUACGAAGUGGCUCUUCGAAUGUGCGCCCCACUGUACAAUCGGUUGCGCCGUUCGAUUUCGUCACGUCUCAAUUCGAUCUCUCAGUCCAGUUCCAAGGAGUUGAAAUCGCUAGCCGGCUACAGUAAUGGCAACGGCUGCAGUCGGCACAACAGCAAGGACCGCGACGGUAAUGGUUCGAACCCGUCCUGA